AUGUCUUUUGGAAAAUGGCAGAUUCGCUCAUUUUUUAUCGAAAUUAAGCCCCGUGCGGAUUAUGCAUCGGUCUUCAUCGAUUGCCCUCCUGUUGAAUUGCAAAAUGAGUCUACUAAUGAAAAUAUUAUAUUAAAUGAAAAUUCGAUUGAACUUCGUCGCUCUACCGCCGAACUGUUUUAUGAACACUCUGGUGAACAAAGUGGUGAUAAGAGUGAUUACAGUGUCCUAUAUACGGCACACUUUAAAAAUAUUCUACUUCGGCCAAAUACUUUACAUGCAGCUACAUGGGCAGAUAAUCGUAGGCUUUUUAUGUGCAAAAUCCAAGCAAAUUUAUCUCAUAAUUUGGUGCCUAAAACCAUUUAUCGACUUAUGAAUGAUUCCUGCUCAGGACAGACUUUAUCUAAUUUUAUUCAACAUUUGGGACCAUCUUCAUCACUUAAAUGUUCAACUUGCUUUAGUGUACUCCAUCAAUCAUCAGAAGGCUUCAGUUCGUUUGCGGUGCAAUGUGUAAAGGAUGAUUGGCCAGAUUUUUCGCAAAACUUUGAGUAUUUUUGCGACUGUUCGUGUUCUGGAUCUUGCAAUGGAUCUAUUCACAAUAUAUCCAACUUAUCAUCAGGAAAUCAUUUUUAUCCAUCUGAAAAGCAAAUUUUCAUGUCAGACUUGUUUCUUUUAGUACAUAAUAAGAUGAUUCCACAGAGCGCGAUUAUCUCAAAUGAUUGUUCUAUUCGAUGUGCAAAAUGUAAUGAUGAACUGGGAUCCAUCAAUAAAAGGGCUCAAAAUGUUUAUCAGUUUCAUCAUACAUCAGUUUCAUUAAUUUCUGGCCAUACUUCUUAUAUAAAUACAAGAUUUGGUUGCCUGGAACAUUUCUUCGCAUUCAUGGUAUUAACCAAUUGUGAAGACAAAACAUCGUCAAAAUUAAUUCUUCGUUCUCUCGACAAAAGACCACGCUUAUUAGUGAGUAUAUAA